AUCAACUACCUAAAAAACGCAAAAGAACAGCCAAAAAGGAACAAAAGGAAAAGCGUAAAAAAGAUAAAAUUGUACUAAACAAUCAACGAUCUCUACAAGAAGUUCAAAGUGAACCCUUUUUACGACAAAUGAUUCCCGUUUUAUCUUCAACUGCCGAGGAAACCAGUCAAAACCGAAUAAAAAUUAUGACCUAUAAUCUUCUUGCUCAAUCACUCAUCCGCAGGGAAAUUUUUCCUGAAUCUGGUGAUGCACUUAAGUGGAAAAACCGUCGUCCUCGUUUGCUAAAAGAGAUAUUGUAUUAUGAUCCCGAUGUCUCUUGUUUUCAAGAAAUGGAUCGUUCUAAUUAUUUAGAUACUUUUAAACCUGAAUUCGAACUUGCUGGAUAUGAAACAUGUUUCGCUGGAGUAAAAAAACAUGAUCCUACUUAUAAACUAAUGGUAAGGAACACAUCGUUGACUGCGGAUGAAAUCUCGGCAUUGGAAACUUCAAUGAGACCUUUUGGAGAGAAUGCAACCUCCAACGAUUCUCCUUCAACAGAAGAUAUAUUUGGAAAUAGUCUUGACAACAGUGCUGACUCAAUUAUAAGUGAUGGUACAGGUUUGUUAGCAAAUUCUUCAUCUACUUUAUCUGCUGUACCAAUCACACAGCAAACAUUAUCAUCAACGAGUGUCGGCCAAUCUAUACAAACUGAAUUGGCAUCUCAAUUUCAACCAACACUUCCCGACCUACUUUCAAAUUUUGCAAACCUUCCAUCUUGUGUAUCAUUGUAUGCACAACAUCUGAAUUCAAUAGAUCCUGAAAAUACUAUUUAUUCUGAACCAAAAUUUACACAUUAUGGAUUAUAUUUCAAAGGAACUUUAGAUUAUAUUUUUCUUUUUUGUCAAAAUUAUAACAAUCAAAAUAACGAAGAUUGUGAUGAAAAUAUUAAAUCCAAGGUUAAAGUUACUAAAUUAUUAAAAAUGCCACAAGAAGAACAUUUAUUACCACUUUUACCUAAUUAUAAAUUUAAUUCGGAUCAUUUAUGUUUAAUGGUUGAAGUA